GUUUCGUAAAGAAGAAAUCCCCAAAUCUCCCAAACCCUAAUUUGAAUCUCUCUCUCUCAUGAAACCAAGAAGAUUAUUCUCUUCUUAGAUUCUCCCAUAUGUUGACCUCACCAUGCUCUUCUUCGUCUGUCCUCUUCCACCGCCCAGCUCUCUCCAUCUCGCGCUCCAAGUUUAGGCUUCCUCGUCGAGUUCUAGUCUCCCCUGCUCUCACCCACGUUUCUCCUCUCACUGCUUCCCCUUCCAAGUCCACCAAGCACAAAUGGAAGAUUCAGUGCUUCAGAAAUGAGGUUUCUGCUCCCGAGAAUCAAGAACCGGAUGAAGUAGUUAAGAAGCCAGAUCAAGAUAUUCAGCAGCCAUGUACUGAUCAAAAACCUUGGAACACUACUCUCCAAAAGGCUGCAGAUGCAGUUUUGAAGGGAAUUGGUACUCGUUGGAAGGUACCAUGGACUGCUGAGACCAUUGUUCAGGUAAUGCUUUUAUGGGUAGCCGCCUUCUGGUUCAUUGGAUCAUGGAUGAUCCCAUUCAUGGCCCACAUAUCAGGUUUCCACAAGGACUCUCUCACAUUUAGAGGCCAAGCUUUGUUCAGUCUUAUUACCGAUGUAACAGAAGGACUAGCCGGAAUUGCCAUCCUCCAUCGUUGCCUCUCUAUGUUCCGUCCACUUGCAAGUGAUUGGUUCCGCUUUACCCUCAAAGGAAACUGGCAGCUAGACGUCAUCGUAGGCUGUUUCAUGUUCCCUUUCGUUAACCGUCUUUCCCAGUUAAACCUCAACCUCCUGCCACUCCCGCCAACCUCGAGUCCCGUCUCGUUCUCUAGUGUGGAGCAGUCGAUCAUGGCAAGAGACCCUGUGGCGAUGGCGCUUUAUGCGGUUGUGGUGUCUGUUUGUGCACCGGUUUGGGAAGAGAUAGUGUUCAGAGGGUUCUUGCUGCCGUCUCUGACUAGGUACAUGCCGGUUUGGUGUGCGAUUCUUGUGAGUUCGGUUGCGUUUGCUUUGGCGCAUUUCAAUGUGCAGAGGAUGUUGCCUUUGGUGUUCCUUGGAGUGGUUUUGGGUUUGAUAUUCGCGAGGUCAAGGAACUUGUUGCCUUCGAUGCUGUUGCAUAGCUUGUGGAAUGGCUUUGUGUUCAUGGAAUUGAUGCGGUGAUGAGGACGACGACUAUAUCUCUUAUGUAGGGUGUCUGUGUCUUUUACCCCUUAUUCUUGUAAUCGAUUCAUGUUAUGAUUCUUAGAUAUUUCAUUAAAUGGACAGUUCAACUGUAAAAAAAAAAGAAAAAAAUUGUUAAAAGGAAA